UGUCAACUUGGCAAGAUAACCUCCGUGAAUCUUGACUCUGUGGUGAGAAAUAUGAGAAAUCUUUCUUCAAACCUGGAUUUCUCAGACAACUAUCUACUGCAGACACAACGUCGUGUGACCUUCCAUCUUCCGGAUGGUUCCCAGGAAAGUUGCAGUGACAGUGGGCUUGGGGACGCAGAGCCCAGCAGCACAGCCAGUGCCACCCAGCCUCUCCCCCUAAACUUCCCCCAAGAGGAGUACUAUGAGCAAGCGUCACCUAAUAGUCGCACCGAGGGAGACGGAAACUCAGACCCUGAAUCCA